CUGUUGCUGCAUGUCGUUGUGUACCAGCCGGCUAGUGCAGUGAUGGUGCUGAGGCAAAUACGCACGAUCGCAUCACGGCCGUUCGGCAACACCCAGCUAGUGCAUACGCCCGCGACGCUGCGCAGUACGUUAUAGGCGAUCCUACAGCAUUAUUUCGACUUCAGGCCGAGCUAUAAAGUGCGCAUCUUUGGCGAGGUCCUUUUAUUCUCACGCUGGCACAGGCGCUUGAGCAUUGGGGGUUGCGAGAUGUACAGAGAUGAAGGCUCAGCGGUGCACAACUGAAUGAGGAUCUAGUCCAACGCGUAUUUGACAUUGGCCAUUGAUAAAGUCCGAGGGUAACAAUGAGCACUGCGUUUCACCAGCAGGCUGUUCACAGUCCCCUUGACCAGCAGAAGGGCAAGCGGCAGAGCGGCCCCACCCCAUGUCAGAACUGUGGCAAACCGUGCAAAGGCGAAGUCCUGCGAGUGCAGAACAAACACUUCCACAUCAAGUGCUUUGUUUGCAAAGUUUGUGGUUGUGACUUGGCACAGGGAGGCUUUUUCGUGCGACAGGGCGAGUUUAUCUGCACUCUGGAUUAUCAGCGUCUCUAUGGGACCCGCUGCUUCAGUUGCGAAGAGUUUAUUGAAGGGGAAGUUGUAUCCGCCCUGGGCAAGACUUACCACCCUCGCUGCUUUGUCUGUGCCGCCUGCAAACAGCCGUUUCCAGCUGGGGGCCGCGUGACUUUUAAUGGGAAAGAGUGUAUUUGUGAGAAAUGCACUCAGCCCGUGCCGGUCAACAGCAAGGCACCCCCGCAGGCUGUGCACAAUUGCUGUGGGUGUGGAAAGGAGUUUGAAAAUGAACAAUCUCUGGUGGCGUUGGACAAGCACUGGCACCUUGGCUGCUUCAAAUGCAAAGUGUGCAAUAAAGUGCUUAAUGCAGAGUAUAUCAGCAAGGAUGGUAUUCCUUACUGUGAAGCAGACUACCAUGCCAUGUUUGGCAUCCAGUGUGAAACCUGCAAGAAAUACAUUACCGGAAAAGUACUUGAGGCUGGAGAGAAGCACUACCAUCCCACAUGUGCCAGAUGUGCACGCUGUGAUAAGAUGUUUGGGGAAGGGGAGGAGAUGUACCUUCAAGGUUCUUCAAUUUGGCAUCCACUUUGCAGACAGGCAGCACGCGUGGAGGAAAAGAGCAAGAAACAGGUGCAGAUUCGGCUUAGUGAUCUCCAUUCCAAUGUACCUGAGCAGGUGACCAGAACGUCCUCAGAGAGCAUCACCUCUGCUCCUGCAUCCAGCACGUCAGGCUCCCCGAGCAGAAUUAUCUAUGCAAAACUGGGUGAUGAAUUUUUGGACUACAAGGACCUGGCCGCUCUUCCUAAAAUCAAAGCGAUUUACAACAUUGACAGGCCAGACAUGCUCUCAUACUCUCCCUAUGUGAGCUACCCUGUGGAGGACAGAACCUUUGGGGAGUCACCCCAGCAACCUACCCCUACACCAAGUGAGGGAGAGGGGGAAAGGUCUCCCCGUCAGAGAAGGCCCUCCAGCCCAAGUUCCACCAGUUCUUUAGGAGGAUACGGCCGAUAUACACCUUCCCGCUCACCACAGACCUAUAGCAGACCAGAUUAUUCCAACACCCUGCACGUACCGACUUCGGGUAGGAAUAGCGCCCGUGGCAUUGCCAGAGACUCCUCCCCACUCCCUCCUAGCAGUGGUAGAAACACUCCACAGGCGGGGAGCUGUGGUGUUGCCCCGCCCCUCAACCCCACUACCCUGGCUUUUCUCCCACAGCACAACUACAUGCCUUAUUUCAGAGGAGUUGAGACAGGAUUCAAACAGGAGGGAAAGUCUGAAUGUAGGCCUAGGACAGCCCUGCACCUCAAUUUGCCUUCUCACGGCAGUGAAAGUGGGCGGAGCACCCCCAGUCUCUCCACCUACUCUGAUGGCAAAUCUCCAUCAACUGCGUAUGUGGCUGCCCCACGACAUUUCCAUGUCCCAGAGAAUAAAGUCAAAGAUAAUAUCUAUAGAAAACCCCCUAUCUACAAACAGCAUGCUUCGAGAACCUCCUGGCAAGAUGGCGAUGACGUAGACAGAAAGACCAGAACAAGUUGGAUGAACCUAAAAGGAGACAUUGAUGGACAGUCUCCAGACAUGGACCCCAGAACCUCCACCCAUAGCUUGCCCACUGAUAUAUCCCAGCCCAACUUUCCAUACAACAAGUCUGCUUCAUUGCCAGGAUACGGCCGGAAUGGCAUAUUUAAGGUUUACCCCUAUGAGAUGCUGGGUGUGACUCACCGGGUCCGUCUAAAACUACCACGUGAUGUGGACCGCACCAGACUGGAGAAACACCUGUCACCAGAGGACUUCUACAAAGUGUUUAGGAUGACCAUUGAACAGUUUGACCGUUUGGCCCUAUGGAAGAAAAAUGACCUGAAGAAGAAAGCCCGCUUAUUUUAAACGUGCCGAAUUUCUCGAAGGAAAGCAAAAAUAAAGAGAAAGCCCAGUCUCUCGCGCCCUGUGUGCAAGGAGGGAUGAGAGUGAGAAAUAUAUAUGCACCUCCAUUCUGCUGCAUAACUGCUGUCAUCCCAUCUCACGCCGAGUAAGACGGAGUACGUUGAACCGCUUUCACAACGCUGACGAUGUUUGUCACCUAGCUUCGUGUGUGAACGCCUCACCACGCGAUCUGAAUGCCACUUUGAUGUCAGAGAGACUGGAGUCAGAACUGAACUGAGUUCUCCACGGCUCUCCUAGUUUCUCCUCUUGGGUUGUCUUCCCCCUCCUGUCUUUGUGACUACUGCGUUGUUCUCGCACUCUAUAUUGAUAUAAACCCCUUCUUUACAUUUUCUACUGCUGACAAAUGUGGCCGUUCAGCUAUGCUUAAAAGUCUGUCUUUAAGCUGUGUAAUACUGUCUGUCUGCCCAUAUAGAGGUCUCCUUGUAUGUGUCAUUGUUUGCCUUUUUUUGACUGCUAUGAAUGUUAUUUAAAGUCUUUGUCUGCUCAUAGGGUGGGAAUUCACUGAAUGAUAUGUGUAUGCCUCAUAGUGCCCGGUUUUUCUCUUGAUUUAGCACCAGAUGCAUCAAUUAUGGAGAUUGGGCAAUCGCUCAAACACAAACAAAAAAUCUGUGCUUAACACAGUUUGCAUGCCACAAUUCUCAUUUGGGACUUUUAGGGGGUGUGGCACACCCUACUCUGUCGUACUGUACUAGAAAUGUACAGCAUUACUCCACCAACUGUAAUUCCAGGAUCUAAGUUUGCUAUUAAAAAAUCUAAAUGCUUGCUUUUCAUCAUAAUUGAACAAAUAAUUUCUGCUAUGAUCGAUACAACACCUCUUUUUUAAAUUAAAUUCAUUUGUGAUUUAGUAGUGCAAAUUGCUUCUGUUUUGUGAAUAAAUUGCACCAUUUGUUAUUUACAUACAGUAUAAAGAGACCUAACGUAAAUGCAGUGCAAUGCUGUUCCACCGUGUUUAGCACCCGGGUUGUGAGCGUUUCGUGAAUUCACCUCAUAUUCAGUUUGCUUCGUCUUUCUGUCACUCUGUCUCGCUUGUUUCUCUCCAGUCCUCCAAAUAUCCAGUCACUGCUUGGACUGUAAUAUCGAUCAUGUAAUAUCAGCUUUACAGAAGCUUUUUCAUUCAUUGCUUUAGCAUGACCAAAGACUCAGUCAGAGCAAGGAGUCAACUAUCUUGUGAUCAAAGCACCUUAUAGUUGAUGCGUUUAAUAAUACUGUUCCUGCGAGCGCUGAUAGCUGGAAAAAUACGUAAACGUUACUGUGUUACAAUAUGUAUUCGUUUCGUUUUUCAGGUCUAUGUGAGAUACAUUAUUCGAUUUAUAUGACAGUUAAUCCAAGGUUAUCAAUAAGACAAUAAAACAUAUUCUCUCUAUGCGUUGUGCAGUAUAAUAUUAGCAUCAUCUAAUCAAACGCAUCAGGCAUUGGACAAUGCAUUCAUCUUUGACAUUAUUCUACACAAUUCAGAGUGCUCACAGCAAAGCAAACCCUUCAGAAUAUUUUUGUACCUUUUUUAUUUGAUACUGAGGUUUGCUGGAUAUUUUAUUUGCUCUUUGCAAAUAAUUGAAGCAUUGACUUUAGCAUGGAGCCAUGCCAAAGGUGAAAUAUUCUGUAGCAAUUAGCAACGCUGAUAUAACACAAGACUUAAUAAAGCAUGCAGUUCAGUGGCGCUUCAUUUUACACCCAAAUACGAUUGAAUGUGUUCAACUUUUUUUAAAUUCUUUAAUGUGUGUGCAGUAUAAUAAAUGUUUGUUACUCUGAUCUUGUCACCUUGUUGAGCAUGCACAGAAUAUAGUAGGAGCAUCUUGUAAUGGCUUAAUAUGGAAUUGAACUUCAGAGUUAAAUUAUGACGUUUCAUUUCUUGAGAUCUUUUGGUAAUUGAGACUGAAAUCAGUGUUUGUUUUCGUUCAAGAUUUUCUUUUUUUUUCCUUUGCUCAAGACAAAUUGAAAGUAUUUUUCGUUCAAUUAUACAAAUAUAUUAGUAAAAGAUGAACUUUCAGCAAAAAAACCAUUGACUUAACUCUUUUGACUAACAAAAAUGUAUAACAUGCCUUUAUCUUGUAUAAAAUCAUGGCAUCUUUUUUGAACUGCACAAAUCGCUAGAUUGUUUUUCUUCAUUGUUGAUUGUAAAAGUAUGUGAACUUGUGUGCACAUAGAAUCUGUUUUUCUGUUAGACCAUAAUGUAAACAUUUUCAUGCAGUUCAAUUAGCAAUCACCGGUCAUCCCAAAAUCCACUGUUCUGGGAAACAUACAGUAAAGCUUGUCUUCAACACAUUGUGUUUUGGUCUGUAGUGUAUGCAUUGACUGUGUCUGAAUGCGUAUGAGGAAACCUUCCCUGAUGAACAAUGUUGAGCUGCGUAGGACGAAUGUGUUAGUUUUAUUUAAACAGCUGGAGAAAAGGGAACGCAUGUGGGCGUGUAUGGUAUUAGCUGUCAGUUCAGCGGUCCAAUAGUUCAGACUGGGUGAGUUCAGAGGAGUGUGUGCUCUGUCAUCUUAUUCAUUAUAUAUUACAGCAUUAUUAUAACCUUAAAAGCAGACCUAAGUCAGAAUUAAACAAGACAGGAGGUCAUGCACCUUUGAUAAAAGUGAUGCCAUAGAAGAACUAUUUUUGGCUGAAUGUUUCCAUGAAGAACUUUUAGCAUCAGAAGAACCUUACUGUUUUACAAAAGUUUCUUUGUAGUGGAAACAGUGCUUUAGGACAUAUGAGUAAAUUGUUCUUGUAUGGCAUCGCUUGGAAGAACCUUAUGUGUAACCGCAUCUGCAUUCGUUCUUUUAUUAUUUCUUUAAAAAUAGUAUAUUUAAAAAUCCUGUGUUUUUCUUUGUGUUCUGUAAAUAUACCUUUGUGCAGAUAUAUUACUGUGACCUGAGAGAACGCUGACCCAAAAGUUUUCAAACCUGCUUUCCAGUUUUUACUUCUGUUUAGAUAUAAAAUACUUUUAUUUUAUUAUCUACGUAUAUGGAAUGUUUGAGAAGUUGUAUUUGUGGUAACAUUAAGUACUUUUGUUGAGUUUCCUAUUUGUGUGCUUGAUUUUGUGUUUGUAUGCUAAGUAAAUAUAACUGUUAUUAUGUGACUGUGUACUGUAUGAAUUGGGGGAAAUGUAAAUGCAGCCUUUCACCCACAAUGGCUUUCACUUGCUUUGCAAAAAAACCUGAUAUUCAUCUCAAUAAAUACAACUACUUUAACAUAAGUGUUGUUCUGCAA